AUGUCGGCGCACCAGCUCGCAAGGCUGCUGCCGCUUCCCGAAGACGAGCUCAGCCAGGUGCUCCAGUAUGCUGCCACCUUGUCCAAACCAGAGGCCGCCGAUCACUUUCGCAACCUGCUCGGCGACUCCCCGGAGGCCGUCGACUUCAUCUCCUCCUUCAACUCGAGGCGGCAGGGACCGGCAGCCCCUGCCAGUGAGUGUGUGCCCAAGUCCACGAAGGGUCCAAAGAAGAAGAAGAAGCCUGCUCUGCACACCCCCGCCCCGCGGCAGGUCGCCCAUCUCGGUCCAGCACCCGGCACCGCCUAUAGCAAGAAAGACCUCAAGGAUGACUAUAUCUCGAGACGCUCUAGUCCUGCCGCCGCCUCCAGCAGCGGCUAUGCGUCCCCGGUCAACCCUCCGCAGCACAAGUCGGCAACUCCACCGCCCCCCAGGCCUGCCCCAACUGCUGCUGGUCAUCUAAUAUCUGAUUUCCCAAAGCCCAAGACCAAGCCGACCCCCAAGUCCACGCCUGCGUCGCACUCGUCGACCCCGGUUCCCAAGGCCAAGGUCAAUAUAUCGGGAGGCACUGCUAUGCACGGUGCCCCGACCGCGCUUUCCGACCUGGAACAUGCGAUACGCACCCUCGAGAUGAGUACCAAUCCAACCCAGGCCACCGACCUGGCUGCGAGACGUUGCAACUGUGUGGCAACCCGCCAUCCUCUUCUUGUGGCUGCGCCAAACUGCCUCAGCUGCGGCAAGGUCAUAUGCGUCAAGGAAGGACUGGGGCCAUGCACCUCCUGCGGCACCCCACUGCUAAGCUCAGCUGAGGUGCAGUCGAUGAUCCGCGAGCUACGGAAUGAGCGCGGCAGGGAGAAGAUGGCCGCAGAUCGCGACGCCCACAGAAGAGCCGAGGUCUCCAAGAAGCCGGCUCCCUUCUCCAAACAGCGGGAGACCACCGACGCCGUGAGCGAGGCCGAGUCGAAGGCGCUUGAGCAUCGAGAUCGCCUCCUUGGCUUCCAGUCUCAGAACGCACGAAGGACUACGGUCAGGGAUGAGGCCGCCGACUUUGAUGUUAGCGAUGCUGUGGCGGGCACCGGCGGUAACAUCUGGGCAAGUCCCGAAGAGCGCGCCCGAGAGUUGAAACGCCAGCAAAAGAUCAUGAGGGAGACGGAGUGGAACGCUCGACCAGACUAUGAGAAGCGGCGACAGGUCGUCUCAAUAGAUCUGGUUGGGGGCAAGGUUGUUCGCAAAAUGGCCGCCAUCGACCGGCCCGAAAGCCCCGUCGAGAACGAGCAGACAGACGUUCGCGACACGGCCUUGGAACAGACCACCGGCAACCGACGAGAUGCAGGUGGUGGCACGUUCAGCAAGAAUCCAUUGCUGGGUGGCUUGAUCAAACCGGUUUUCGAUGCUUCCAAGGGCAAAGGCCCCGAACUCGAGGGCCGCAAGACUGGCGCGUCACGUUCUUGGAAACGAGUACAAGAUGAUCUCGACAACAACGAGGCCGUUAUCCUGGACGGCGGGGCAUACGGCGGACAGGGCGACAUUCCAUCAGGUCUGGACGAACCUGCAUGUGGCUGA